UGUGUCCCUGCGCUCAUUGUCGUUUCGUUCCGGUCCUUACUUAGCCCAGGAGGCUGCUGUCUGAGUCGGUGGGUUCCAGCGCAGCGGAUGGUCAUCUGUCCUGUGUGGAGCUAAACAUCAACCUGAGGACGGGAACUUGGCGGAUGGAGGAAUCAUAUCUGUGACAGACACUCCUAUCCGGAGCCUGUUGGCCCACUCUUGCGGCCGCUCCUUGAUAUGAUUACUUUAACUGACAUAAAACGCAGGCCUUGUGCUGUUGUAUUCUGUUCCCCUUAGAAGGAGAAGCCUGCGAUGUCAGCUACAAAUUUGUUCCUGGAAACGAGGAAUGAGCUAAGUACCUGGGUUUCAGAGCACACAGUUUCGCUGGUUGGAAAUCCCUGGUUUAUCUGCUCCCCUUUUGCAAAGACAGUGCGCCAAAUCUACAUUGUGCACCGUUAAUAAGCAUUCUGAGGGCUGUGACAUUUGCAAUCCUCCAGCUUUCUGGCACCAUUUUGAAGGAGGAUUGGAAAAUUCUGUCAAGGGCCCCUGGAAUUUCCACUAAACUUGCCUCAUUGACUUGGAUGCAUCAACUUCACAUGGUUUGAGUUAUCGACCCUUGGUGUGAGAAUAUACAAACUCCCCAGAGGAUGUCGCGGCGUAGCACACGUCUUGCAACAAGUGGUUAUUAUCAAGAUGAUGAUGAUGCCUCAAGCAGCAGUGGUGGAUCUGUUACCGGGAGUGUUGUGUCCUACAAGGAGAGCGCUGUCAGGAUAUUCAAGAAAAAGCCAAUUGCUAAACGUUCAGGGCUCACACCACGCAGUACACCCGUGCCCAGCAUGAAACGCUCAAUAUCUAACAGCUCAGUCAAUAGUCAGUGCAGCCUUGCCAGUCACAUCAGCAAUGCAUCUAUGCUGAACACCACACUGGCUCAACAGAUAAAUCAUGAGUCUUACUGGCAGGAGCCUGAGGCAGAGCCUGACGCCGAGCCCAUUGGUGGUGACCCACCUGGCGCCGAGGACAAUUAUGAGAGGCUGUCUGCAGUGGUAAGGAGACCAAAUGGCUACAAGAGCAGUAUUCUGUCAGCUCCACCUUCCUCUGAUAUCUACACAUCAUCCACUUCUGGAUACUCCUCUGAAGAUGAGCAGCUGGGCUCUGUAUAUUCAGCACCAGCUUCUCCCAUUGCUAAGCUAUGGAACUGGAUCUUUGUGCUCUCUCCAGGGAAAGCUUUUUCCAUGGUGUACUGGUGGCUUGGUACAGCCUGGUAUCAAUUAACAACUGCAGCUUCCUUGCUUGAUGUCUAUACGCUGUCUAGGUGUGUCCCCAGUGUGAAGAAGUGGUUACUGUUGGGUCUGCUGAUUCUGCUUGGUUUAUUGGGUGCUUGGCUCUUAAUAUUCAGAAUGCCACGGCCUCGAGCUGAGAUGACAGGAAAAAUAGAAAGAGAAACUUCAAAAUGGUCGGCUUGGCCAGAGAAGCUGGCGGCUCCUACAUUGGAUCUGUCUUUACAGUCUCGUGUGCAGAAAAUGGAACAGCAGUUGGCACAACUGGCUUCAAACGUUCAUACUCGGUUACAACAAGACAGUGAACCCAAUCAGCGAGUACAGCCGGUAGCUGAAAGGGAAAAUGUCCCAGUUGUACCUCCACUUACUCGGGAGGAGGUGAUCAAACUGCUUGAAGAGUAUGCCCGUCAACAAGAGAUGGGGCAAGAUGAGCGGUCGAAUGAUUCAAUCUUGAGGAUUCAGAGUGAUCUAGCCAAUAUCCAGCAACAACAGGAUAUGCGAAUGGAGCAGCUGCUGCUAAAGGUUAAUAGCCAAACUGAGGAGAUGUUCAGAGAAAUAAAGGAAGCAAAGUCUGCUUUUGUAAGUAAUGCGAAUGAUGAGCAGCAAACACUCCUGUCCGCACUGAACCAACUGGAAGAGCAGCUCGGCCAAACCCAGCUUGAGUUGAUGGACAUACGUACUGCACAAAGGGACAUGACAUUAAACAUGGAAGCAUUGAGUAGCAAGCUUGAAAGUGUGAAGGACAUUGCGGAGUCAGAUAUGGUCCAAUUGAUCCACAGGAUGCUCUUUGGUUCAUCACAGGACAAGACACAUGCAUCUUCAGAGCAAGCACUAAUAUCACAGUUUGUCCGUCGUGAAGAUCUGGAAGCCCUACUUCGUGACUUAGAGAAAAAGAUCCUUGCUGAUCUUUCACAAAAUCACAGCCAAACAACAGAGCUGAACUCAGUCAAUGUCAGAGCCAUGUUAGCUGGAGCAGCAAUUACAAAGGAAGUUGAGAAUAUUGUGCAACGAGCCUUGAAACUGUAUAGUGCCGAUCAGAUAGGAAUGGUGGACUAUGCACUGGAGUCUGCUGGUGCCAGUGUAAUCAGCACACGCUGCUCUGAGACAUUUGAGACCAAGACAGCUCUACUUAGCUUGUUUGGAGUUCCACUCUGGUACUAUUCUCAGUCUCCAAGAGCUGUGAUUCAGCCAGAUGUUCAUCCAGGGAACUGUUGGGCAUUUAAAGGCUCCCAAGGAUUUGUUGUCAUCCAGCUUGCUGCUCGGAUCUCACCAACCUCCUUUACUCUUGAGCACAUUCCAAAGUCUGUUGCUCUCCAUGGAUCAAUCAGCAGUGCACCACGUGACUUCUCUGUUUAUGGCCUGGAUGAUGGGAUUCGAGAAGAAGGGCUUCUAUUAGGACAUUACAUAUAUGACCAGGAUGGGGACUCAAUACAGACAUUUCAAACCCAGAAUAAAGAACUUGGAACAUUUCAAGUCAUUGAGCUGAGGGUAAAUAGCAACUGGGGCCAUCCUGAAUAUACUUGCCUCUAUCGAUUCCGUGUCCAUGGAGAGCCGGUGAAGUAAUGUUGAGAGAUAGAGAACUUGCACCCUAGGAGAUGUUUGGGCAGCACUUCAAGGACCUGCUCUGUAUACUUUUUCCACACAUUUGAAGCUGCAGUACUGGAGGCCGUUCUGCCACUCAAACCUUGCUGUGUGCUUUUUGUUGUGAGUAAGGAACGAAAGCACUUUUUCUGGAAAAUAACUAAGGUAUUUGGAACUAGAAAAUAUCGAAAAGAAACUUUUUGUCUCCAUUUCGGGAUUGUAUUUCCAGUUUUCCAGUUUAUUACCCGAGAUGUGAAUAAAUCGGCAAAGAAUGGAUGGAUGAAAUCUGCUGGAUGGACACUCUUCCCUUUAACAAGACACCGUUCACAUGCCCAUCUGUUCAUCUUAAUGGCAAAGUCCAAGCACCCACCCACAUUAUGGACUCUGGGAUACAUUGAGAAAGUCUAAACUAUGUUCUGGUAUUGCAAGUAAUCUAGAUACUCAAACUUUAAUUCCAUACGUUUAAUUCAAAGUUCAGUUCUUUACAACUACAACUAUAAAAUAGGAUGGCAAACAAGACAACUCUGUUUCUUAUGAAAGCUACCAGCCUUUAAAUCUGGUGAAAAGACCACAAGCUCCCACAGUGUAUAAUAGAUGCAAAUGAUGAUGUUUGUGUUUGUUUGAGACACAGUUACCCUGUACAUCUGACUGCCACCCCAUCCGUUGCAUCCCUCACCUCCAAACAUGCCCCAUAAACCCCUCACACAUAUGUUCUGCUAUCAGGAUAGAGAGAAGCAGGUGUUGCCUCCCAGGAAUAUAAUGUUGAUAUCGGCUAAGCAUACUUUAGGUUACUACAGGUCCGAUCAUGUCCAGUUGCACAAUUAUUUCUCAGGACUAAUGUGAUUUAAGAUGAUUAAUUGGCAGAGAGCUGAAUUUAUAACAAAAAUAAGCAUUCUGUCCAUUAAGCUCUUUAACUGGAAAUGUAAUGCAAGCGAGUUUUGAGAAGAUUUGUAGCUCGGGUUGAAGUUCUGGAUGUGAGUUUGCUCGCUGAGCUGGAAGGUUUGUUUUCAGAGGUUUCGUCACCAUU